CCGAAAAACAAAAUCAAAAUCCGUUCCUAUCCGUACGUCCCCUUUCAUUUUCCCAUCUCCCUCGGAAAAAUUCUCCUUCACUCGUUUCCCUUCCCUGCCGUUGUGGAUCCCCUCAUUCUUCCACUUGCUCUCAUUUCCCGAAAUUCCCCAUUUUCUUCUCCAGAAAAAGUAAUCAACUUUUUCUUUUUGCGUGAAAUUUGAUUAGAGGCUAACUAUAUUGAUUAAGGGCUAAUCAAAAGUGAGUACUGGGAGGAACGGAACGGACUUGAUGGAGAAAAACGCGGCAGCGCCUGAAAAGUCUGUCAGUUUUUCAAGACGUUCCAGCAACAAGAAUCUCUUCUCAAGUCCCGCCACCCCGAGGCAGCGAUACGAGACCAUCGAUGAGGAUGCCCCAUCAGAAUCCGGCGCCCAGGAUCGUCCCGAUGACCCCAACAAUUCCUCCAAUCCUGCGGCAGAGUUGAGCUUUCAGGAAAUUCUGGACGAAGUCGAUCACUUCCUAGAAACCUUUUCCGAAUCUAAAGAAAUAUGGACUCCGCCGGAGGUGGUCCCCUCAUCGGUGGAGUCGCUAUCCAAAGCCGUCGACUCCAUGACAACAAAAUACGGCAGGGGCCUGGCCCGGUUCGGCGAGAACGAGGAAGACGACGCGCCGUUCGUCGAAUCCGUGACGCGCAUUUCCAAAAUUGCUACGGUGUUGGAGGAAUUCCCGUCCAAUUCCACGACCGCCACAGCGUUCAAUCGGACCAGCACCGUCCUGCAACGUGCCAUGGCUUUAUUGGACGAGGAGUUCCGCAACCAUCUCAGCCUCGAUCAACCGGAUCCGAGCACUGCCAAGCCGGAUAAUAACCCGGACCAGAGCUUUUCGAGUCGGAUCACCUCCAAGCUCUCCUCCUUCAACAGCAACAGCAGCUCCGCUCACGAUUCGUGUCUGUUCAUACAAGCACAGCCACCCGAAUCCGAACCCGACAAAUUAGAUGAGUUUCCUUCGUUUUCGGAUGAGAGCAUCAACAUUAUGAACAAAAUCGCCUCCACGAUGAUCGCCGCCGGCUACGGGAACGAGUGCUGCAUGGUCUACAGCAUUUCGAGGCGGAACGCGUUCAAAUUGGCGCUCAACAAUCUCGGAUACGAGAACAUUUCCAUCGACGAGGUCCAGAGAAUGCAGUGGGAGUCACUGGAAGGGGAGAUCGCCACGUGGAUCAGCGUCGUCAAGCUAUGCUCCUCCGUCCACUUCUCCGGCGAGCGGAAGCUCUGCGACGCCGUGUUCGCCGGCCACAGGUCGUUGUCCGAGUCCCUGUUCUGCAACCUCGCCCGCGCCGUCGCUAUCCAGCUCUUCAACUUCGCCGACGCCGUCGUCUUGACGAAGCGGUCGCCGGAGAAGCUGUUCAAGAUGCUCGACAUGUACGAGACGCUUCGGGAUCUGGUCCCGGCAAUCCGCGACUCGUACCCAGAGGAGAUCGGAAAAGAGCUAGUGAUGGAAGCCGAGGCAGCACGGAACCGCAUCGGCCAGACCGCAGUCAGCAUCUUCUGCGAUCUCGAAAAUUCGAUCAAAAGCGACAAUGGAAAAACCCCGGUCCCCAGUGGCGCAGUGCACCCGUUGACGCGCUAUGUCAUGAAUUAUUUAAAAUACGCCUGCGAGUACAAGGACUCGUUGGAGCAAGUGUUCCUGGAGUACGAAAAAACGAACGACACGCCCGGAACGACGUCGUCGCCGUUCCAAAUUCAGUUACUAACCGUUAUGGACAUGUUGGAUGCCAACCUGGACAUGAGGUCCAAGCUGUACCGGGACCCGGCGUUGCGAUUUAUCUUCUUGAUGAACAACGGGCGGUACAUCAUGCAGAAAGUGAAGGGGUCCACAGAGAUUCACCAACUGAUGGGCGACACGUGGUGCAGGAAGCGGUCGACGGACUUGAGGGGGUACCAUAAGAACUACCAGAGGGAGACGUGGGGUAGGAUUUUGCAUUGCCUGAACCACGAGGGUUUGCAGGUGAACGGGACGUCGAAGACGGUGAUCAAGGAGCGGUUUAAGUGCUUCAACACGUUGUUCGACGAGAUACACAAGACGCAGAGCACGUGGGUGGUGAGCGACGAGCAACUUCAGUCGGAGCUUAGGGUUUCCUUGUCGGCGGUGAUGAUUCCGGCGUACCGGUCGUUCUGGGGGAGGUUCAAGCAGUACUUGGAGGGAGGGAAGCAGGCCGAGAAGUAUAUAAAGUACCAACCGGAGGACAUUGAGAAUUUGAUCGAUGAUUUGUUUGAUGGGAACUCUACUUCUAUGUCAAAGAGGAAGACAUGAUGAAUAAUAUGUAUUUUGAUCGAGCUACGUGAUCAUUCAUGCUUGCAUGGUGGGAAAUAUUUCAAUCGCUCGAUUCUGAUGACAAAGAUUUUUCUGUUGUUUUCCUGUUUUUUUCUGUUCAGUUUUGCAGAUGAAUUAUAUGUUUUGUAAACUAUAUUUUGGAUUUAUUUUGAUUUUGAUCAUAGAAAAUCUUAUAACAGAAGGUUAACCUGUUUGUAUGUA